UGGGUGCUUCAAAGGCCGUUGCAACCUUUCUCGAAUCCCACAUGCCAUGCUGCUCGACCUCCCGAGCCCUGUCCUCGUCGUUGCCCCCGAUGUGCUACGGCAUUUAGAAGGCGACCAGGCUCUAUCUGCGCUUUGGUUCUUAUUCUCCAAGUGCAAGAGUUCUGUGCGAGACGGACAACGCCUGGAAAACAUUAGCUGGCGUUUAUGGUACAGGGAAAUGGCGGCGAACCAUUCGUAUAGGCCGUUGACGCCAAAUUCGCCAGCAUUCGAGUUAGCCGAUGUGCCGUUUGUGUUGUCCGGAGAACAAUCGAGAAGGCAACCGAUAGGGAAAGUCCUACACGAAAUGCUUCUUGACACUCCUUCGAAGACAAUCCAACUUCAACUCCUCUCAGAGAAGGAGAAGAAAGGUUUUCAGCCGCUACAGAAGCCACCACCAGAGCUAACCAGAUCGGUCACUCUACUCCCAACACCUGACGAUGAAAUUCUUUCGAUAUCAUUUAUUCCUCAGGACCAACCUCAGCACACUAGGACCGUUAGUUCGACCAGCCCUUCCCCUUCUCCUUCACGUGGCGGCGGCGUUGCUACAAUCAACUUCACUUCUGCACCAGCGAGCGGAAUGACACUCUUUCCUCGCGUCGUAGUCGUCAAUCCGACUCCGAAUCCGACGCCUCAUCCCACACCGCCCGCUACCCCCACACCAGUCAUGUCGGUUCGGUUGCCAGUGGCCGUUUCUCUUUCCACGCCCACCUCAACGACCCACACCGUGCCCGGCAAAUUCUCGUCGUCGGUGCAAUAUCUACAUUCAAGCACGAACCCUGAAUCGAGCUCUGAUAACUCCGCCCUAUUCCUCCAUCCACUUUCGCGGUGCAGUACCCAACCCCCGUCGACAUCGGUGCAGGGAACCUCCAAACAGUCAGCAUCAACGCGGCCUUCAGAUCUAGGUACAGGAACAUCUUCGGCGUCAAUACCGAGGAUUAGCAAAGCUCAAACAGUCGUAUCUCCAUCCCCAGCCAAAACGCCGAGCCCAAAUAACCCUCAUAAUCCAGUCGCUGUCCUGUCCCCACAACUCCCGCCCUCCCCAGAUCUUUCCUCCAGCUCCGCUUGUUCAUGGAGUGAGUCAAGGACGACAGGUAAUACGGAGCAUUCCAUUUCUGGCAUCACGGCUACUGUCACCACCGGUAAUGUCAACUGCAGGAGUAACAGGUGCAAUAAUGAGGUUAUUACGGCCAGCCAUCAUCCCCCUAAUACCGGAAGCACUAUUUUGCCUUCUUCCUCUUCUGGUAGCUCUUCCUCAUAUCGAAGUUCCGGUGGACAGGCCGUUCUACUCCCAUCAGUAACGCAAUCAGACGCCGCUGCAUCUGUCUCGGCGCGCAAGUUCUACCUUAGUUCGACCACAACUACGCCCAGUCCCGCGAGCGGUAGUUCAUUUGAACGAAGGAGCGACGUAUCGCAGAUGUCAGUUUCUCCUAUCAAUGAAGAGGAAGGUUCGCAAGAGCGACGAGUACCCCAAUCGUCGAAACCUCGGGAGACAUCACAUCCUAACCCAAACAUAGCUGGUCCGAUAAUAGAGACAGCACUCUCUCAACCUCCUCUUCCACGGACUUCACCGUCUGACUCCUCGGGCUCUUUACCUUUACGAAGCACUAAACGCGCAUCACCCGACUCGCUUCCUUCACAAUCUCAUCACGUGGCACAUCCAAAGCCCAGUACAUCUCAGGCAAACACCUCCCGCCGAACUAGUGGAAACAAAUAUGUUCAUAGUCGUUGUACAAGUGAGAGUAGUCAAAGUCGGAGUCGGAGUCGAAGCAGACACAGGGUCGCUGACGCCUUGACGAUGACGUCUACCAACGUUACUCCUGGAAAGGUCAAUGAUCUCGGAGGCGCAAAACCGAGGCCAAGACGAAAGGGUAGUGGAGAUGGAGGAGGCCCCAAAGUAGGGGGAGAUAGAGGAAGGUUUGCACGGUCGCAAGGAUACGGGAUAUACCAGCCUCACUCGCAAAAUCCCACCAGUCAAACACAGGUUUCAAAGCCUCAGCAAAACUCGCCGACCACGGUGCGUCCUCGGGGUGCUCAACAGCAAAGUAAGAAGUUUUGUGUUGGGAAUGAGGAGGAUGACGAGGACUGGGAAGAUGAUGAUGAAUGUUCGUCGAUGUCGAGGUCAACGUCUUUAUCCCACUCGAGGUCGAGGUCGAGGUCUACACGUAGUCGCUCACCCCGGACUGUGUCUAGUGGUGUACAACAAGCACAAUCAAGACAGCCACCUUCUCCCCUUGCACAGCCAUCCUCUGGCGUUACCCCUCAGACGAACGGAAAAGAUAGUCGGAGCCCGGAGAGUCAGAAAGCGGUAUCUCAUGAUCAGGAACGACCUCAAAAGCAGCUCGGCACUGUACUUGGGCUUAACGGCAGGCAGGUCGUUGUUAUGGCUACAGAUGACGAUGACGAUGACGAUUAUGACGAUGACGACGAUGAUGAUUGGGAGGAAGAAGAGGAAGAAGAGGAAGAAGAUGGCAAAGCGAACAUGAAGCAGAAUGUACCUCCAAAGUCUGCGGAAAAACAAGUAGAGCGGAAAGAAGAGAAAGUGUUGGAUGGGGAUGAUGGGGAUUGGACUUCUGCGUCAGACGAUGAUGGAGGUGCAGUGGAUGUCGAGACCACUGUAACGGCCAACGCUGCGGCUGGUACGGGUACCGCCGAUUCGUCUCGAGCGUCAGCAGGAACGGCAACACAUGCCACCCCCGUCUACACGAACAGAAGUAGUUUGCAAGGGAAUGGUAAAGGGAAACGAAGCCAGCAACCUCCCCCAUUGACCCAGCAACAACCACAGCAGCAGCGCGACGAGAACAAGCCUCAACAUUAUCCAAACCCACCUGCACCCCAACCCCUUCAGAGAGCAUAUUCAUCGAGACAUGUAGGUAGUACAGGUGGCUUGCUACAGCCACAGCCACCACCACCACCUGUUAAACGAACACAUUCACAACAGGCUCAACAACAACGUCAAGUUCCACCCAACCAUCGCCAUCCCCAACAUCACCACCGUCCACAGCGACAUCCAGGCGUGGACAUAUCGCAAGCUGCCCUUGAAGUUCAAAGACAACUCGACUUUUUCGAGAAGAAACCACGGCCUACAUGGUCUGACCUACCGAGGACGGGUUCCGGGCUUCUAAGUCAGUUAAUGAACCCGGACCCCGAUAUCUUCCCUGUAGAUCAUCCAUAUAGGUUCAGGUACUCGAGUGGGGAUGUUGGGAUGCCGAAGGGUGUCACGAGGUUGGGAGUUGCGCCAUUGACGCCUACUGGGGACGGGAGGCCGCCGUUCCACCAAGCACCGCAGCAGAAGAAGAGUGGUAUAUCAUCUGGAGCGCCGCCCCAACCUCCCCCUACUCCUACAACCAAAAGCUCAUCACCGAAGGUGAACCGUACUAUUGGUCGACCGAUGGCUCCUGGAUUGAAGAUGAGCAAGAGUGCUGUCGCAUUACCUGUCGCCGAUGCUGUUACUGCAGCCAGUGUGAAGGACGCUGGGCCGGUGAAUCCCUUGAAGAAGAAGAAUGGGUCCAUGACCGCAAAUCCUUCGGUCAAUGGUGGCUAUCGUCCAAAGGGAAAGCCUCAGGAUGAAGUACUGGAGGAUGAUACGGAUGUUGAUCAGCCCGCGGAGAUUUCGAGCGUUGCGCAACGGAAGCUGGCUGUGCUUGCGGGAAGGAGGGAUGCAGUGAAACAUCAGCAAUCCCAAUCGCAAGUAAAAAGCAGUUCCUCUCGCAUACUACCCGAUUUCUCCUCUCGUACUGCGACGGGUACACGUGUAGACUCGGCGAAUCCGAAUCCUAUCCAGAUUCAGCGCACGCAGUCCCAGUAUGUACCUGGUGCGACAGCCAUGGCGGCAGCACCGCUUCCGCUUGGAUAUCCAUACAACUUACCUCCAGCCGAGCCACCCUCAUCACCGAGGACAACGAGGCAGUUGAUGUUGAGGAAGGAAAUGUCGGAGAGUGUGAGAUGUAAUUUGUUUUGGUCGAGGCAGUUGAGUCGGGCGGAAACAUCGGGACCUCGAAGACGCUCGAGUCAAGAUGCGGCUGGGAAUGGUCAAGGUGAAGCUGGCGUUAUCGUUGGCGAGAACAACGGUGUCGGUGAUCCUCUUCCUCCUCCCCCUGCUCCUCCACCGACGAAUGUCAGCGCUGUACCGAAUCUGGUACAUUUGAGCCUGAAGAAAAAACCUGGACGUGGCGCUUUGGUUGAUGCCACUGGUAACGGCGAGCCUAGUGUUCAGGAAAUAGGAUGGGUUGGGGAUAGGCCACCGAACCCGAGACGACGAAGUUCAGCUGCUGUGUCUGGCGUCAGUCAGAUUCCGAACGGUGGCGAUCAGGACUUUGGUGAUGUCGACGGGCAGAUUCAUGUUGGAGGUGGUGGGAAUCUUAUCACCCGCACAAGGAGUUGGGCAGGUUUGGGUGGGGGGACUGGGGGAAUGACGCGAAUGUUUUGAGGUCGUCGUCACUUGUCCCCCCCCCCCCCUUUCACGCGACGUCAAUUGUUGACGUUUUUGGUCUUGAACAUGGGCGUUGUACUCAUUAUCGCGCAUUCUUUUUCUUUCUUUCUUUCCUUAUGGGUUCCGUUUAAUCGUUCCUUUCUUCUCUCAUCUUAUUGGCUAUUUUGGGCUUAUCUGCAUCAUCGUUCAAUUGUACUUUAUUCAUGAUCAUUGCAAAACAUAACCAUCACCAUAUCGCGCUCUUGCUAUAGUAGCUAUUCAGUCGUUUCUCUAUUUAACUCUACCCUACAUUUGUUUGUAGUAACUGACUUAUUCCUUGCCCCUUCAUAGCCUCUGCUCUUUGGGUUUUUUGUGCAUAGUUAUUCAAUUCCGAACUGUCAAUCUGUAACAAUAAUAAUAAUACACAAAUCGUUCUAGUCCAUUUUUCCAGCUCAGCCCGCUCUAGAUUUCGUUUCUAAAGGUUAGAUUCAGCAACGAUU